UCAGCUUCUGGGAGCCUCGGUGACAGGCUCCUUCAGGGAUUCCUCUAACCAAACUCAGUGCCAUCGAAUGGAUUGCAACACACAGCGAGCGAGCUUACAGGACAGGACGGAAUUGCCUUUGCGGCUUUACAAGACGGUGACUCUGGACUGGGGUAGAAAGCCUGGACUUUCUCCCGGGGAGCCACUGGUGUUUUAAAUCGGCUAAUCUUGAGGUUACAUAUGAGAAGCGUUUUCUAAAGCAGCAAGCUAUGCCCCGGAACUCCAGGAACAACAGUGGCGCGAGGGUUUCCGUUAUAAAUGUGAACUGUGGGGCUGCUGAGGAAAAAGAGAAUCAAAAGAGCUAUAUUGAAUGUAUGCCUCCAGAAAUCAUGUUACACAUUUUCGGUUGGCUAGACCCCCAGAGUCUGUGCACAGCUACAAUGGUGUGCAAGAGAUGGAAUGACAUCGUUAAAGAAAAUGAGUCCCUAUGGAAACAGCACUGUGAGGCUAUGAAAGAUGUGUGCCAAAAAGAAGUUGAUGCCGAUAUACAAAAUGAUUACUCCUGGAAGGCCACACUAUGGAGGAAUUACCGGAAGCAUCAAGUGAAACGUGCCUGGCUAAGUGGACGAUAUAGCAACAUAGACUCUCCCAGUGGCCUGCCAGGGCAAAGCAUGUGCCCAAUGGAUGCAGAGACCUGGGGGGAGAUUCUAGAAGUAGAACUGAAACGGAAAAAUUAUAAGCAACCUGUCAACUUGAGAGUCUAAAUCCAACCUUUAAAAGAAAACUAAGAGGUUGGACAUUUAAAAUCAUUUUAAUUUUUGCACUCUAGUGGAAACACUUUCUGAAUUUGUAAUAGAUAGAAAUCAUGAAACCGUAUUUUGUAAGAAAGCUGUACUGAAAGUGAUUUUAAAUGUACUAUUUAAUGUAUUUGUGUUAGUGCAUUAUGGCACUUUAAAUUCAGAGGAUUUGGUUGGUAUUUUCUGGAUAAUUCAACAAUUCUGAAAGCCAUUUGAAGCUGAAUUCAAGGUUCAUUAAGUAGGAAGCAUAACUAGGGAACAUUGGGCAAGUAAAACUGGUACCAAGACAUUUCAAUGAGUACGAGAUUUGUAUCUCAAUCCUUUUAAAGCUUUUCAGUUCAGUGUGAUCCAACUGAAUUGUCAAAUAGGCAAUUUUAAAGCAGGUUAAGCCUGUGGUUCAGUUUAAAAUUAAUCUUAAAAAGCGAAUGUUGGUCAAGAUUCCAAUUCCCAUUGUUAGAGACAGGACAUACCUGGGCAGGUUCUAGAACACCUAACCAGCAGCAGACCUUGUCGGUGAUAUUAGUGCCUUUGAGUCAAUUCGUACUCAGAGCGACCCAGAAUGAAACGCCACCAGGUCUUGCACCAUCCUCCUAAAGAUUGCUACAGUUGAGGCCAUUGUUGCAGUCACUGUCAGUCUGCCUCAUCAUGGGGUUUCCUCUUUUGCUUGAGCCUUUACUUAAGCGAGCAUGAUGUUCCUCUCCAGGGAAGGGUCCCUCCUGACUUGCUUAAGUAGAGCAUUGUCUUGGCUCUCCUUCCAAGACAAAUGUGUUCAUUCCUCGGGCAGUUCAGGGUAUAUCUAAUAUUGUUCACCAACAUUGUAAUUCAAAUGCAUCAGUUCUUCCAUGGUCUUUCUGAUCUGUUGUCUACCUGUCCCAUGCUUCAGAGGAGAAUCUAGAUUCCAUGGCUUGGAUCAGGCACAUCUUAGUCCUCAAAGGGACACCUUUGCUUUUUAACGUAAGGACUUUCAAGAAGUUGUUCGUAGCAGCAUGUUUUUCGCAGCAGCAGUUUGCCGAAGGCAGCAUGUAGUUUAAUUUGCUGACUAAUGCUUCCAGGGUGCUGAUCAUGGAUCCAAGUGCAAGGAAAUCCUUGACAACUUCAGAUUUUACCUCCUUUAUCAUGAUGUUGCUGACAGGUCCAAUUGUGAGGAUUUUUGUUUUCUUUAUGUUGAGGAGUAAUUGAUAUUGGAAGCUAUCUUCUUUUCUCUUCAUCAAUAAGUACUUCAAGUCCUCCUCACUUCCAACAAGCAAGGUUGUAUCAUGUGUGCAUCACAGUCUGCUUCUAAUCCUGAUGCCGCAUACAGCUUUGAAAGUGUGCUCCACUUAGGUUUGCUCAGCUUACUGGUGGACAAAGUAUGGUGCAAACAUUUCCUGGUUUUAUACUAUUCAGUAUCUCUUAUAUAUUCAAACGACUGCUUCUUUAUCUCUGUACAGACUCCACAUAAGCCCAAUUAAGUGUUCUGGAAUUCCCAUUCUUCUCAGUAGUAUCCGUCGU